AUUUAUUUGUUUUCUUACAAGCAUAAAGCAUUGGAUUUAUAUUUUUUUCUUUCAACUGAAGUGACUAUUGUUUCUAAAAUGAUUCUUUUGCUUUAUGAAAAUAUUUCCGUUUUUUCCGUGCUCAUAUCAAUUUUUGUGCUGUAUAUAAAUGGUCAUCCGAUCAAUUUUUCAUGGGAAGGAAAUCAAGCCAAUUUAACUCAAAUUAUGGGUUUUAUGCAAAAAUUUGGCUACUUGAAUUCAAGUGCAAGGUCAUCAUCAAUAGGUGGGUCAACAAUAGAUACACUGUAUCAUGAAGAUGCCAUUGUCGCCGGAAUAAAAAAUAUGCAAAAAUUUGGAUCAUUGAAUGAAACGGGAGUUUUGGAUGAGCCAACAAUUAAGUUAUUGACAUCACCUCGAUGCGGUGUCGCUGAUAUUACGAAACAUUCAUCUGUACUAAAUCACAGCCGAGCAAAACGAUUUAUUCUAGGUUCCAGAGGGUGGAUGAAGCGACGACUUACUUACUACAUUCAAAAUUGGUCUCCAAAAGUUGGUGAGGAUAAAGUGGCGGAAGGCAUGAAGAAAGCAUUUAAACUCUGGUCGAAAUAUUCGAAUUUACAAUUCGUGCGUGUUUUUGAAUCGAAUGCCGAUAUAAUUGUGUCGUUUGGUUCAAGGUAUCAUGGAGAUAUUUAUCCAUUUGAUGGUCCCGGAUCUGUUCUAGCUCAUGCAUUUUUUCCAUAUUCAUUGGGAAGUUUGGGUGGUGACAUUCAUUUUGAUAACGAUGAAAAUUGGAAAGAGAACGCAUCAAAUCUGAAUGACGGUGUUGAUUUUACAUCGGUUGCCAUUCAUGAGCUUGGCCACAGUCUUGGCUUGGCCCAUUCGCCGAUCUUCUCUUCCAUCAUGUUUCCCUACUAUAAAGGACCAGAAGAAUCAAAAGAAUUGGGAUACGAUGAUAUUUUGGCGAUGUACGAAUUGUACAUAAAGAACGAACAUAUUAUUAAUGAUAUUAUUAAUGAUACAACAACUGAGGCAUCAACAUUUACACCCAAAGUGGAAACGGGUUCAGUAAGUACACCGAGAAAAGAACCAACGACAAUCCCAUCAAGAGAAACUACAUCGAGUCCGGAGUGUGAUAAUCAUCACUCCGUAUGCAAAUCAUUCAAUCCUACACGAGUUCCGAAUUUGUGCGAUACUCUUAAUUUCGACACGAUGGCUUUGUUGCGAGGUGAAAUAUUUUUAUUCAAGAAUAAAUAUGUAUGGCGUUUAUCCGAAGAUUUUCAAGUGCUUCCCGGUUAUCCAACGCAUUUAAGUGAUAUUUUUCGAAAUAUUCCAAGCAAUGUACGACGCAUUGAUGCAGCCUAUGAACGAAAAACAGACGGAGCUAUUAUUUUGUUUGGUGGCCAUAAAUACUAUAUCUACGAUGGAUAUGACUUAAUCGAAAAUAGCCCACGGCCAAUAAUCGAAUUUGGUUUUGAUAAUAACAUAAAUAAGGUGGAUGCUGUUAUGAUCUGGAGUAAAAAUAGUCAGACAUAUUUGUUUAGUGGAAACACAUUUAUUCGAUACAAUGAAGAACGCCGUGAAAAAGACGUGGAUUAUCCAAAAAAUUUGGGCGAGAAAUGGCAUGGCAUUCCUAAUAACAUUGAUUCAGCCAUUUCAAUGACCGAUGGCAAAACUUAUUUCUUUAAGGGAGAUUUAUACUGGCUGUAUAAUAACCAAAAGAUUCAACCUGAACAGGGAUUUCCACGUCGUACGUCGAUCGAUUUAUUCAAAUGUUCAGACAAUUAAACAUAUAGAAUCAAUUGCAAUUUUGCAUGUAUCUAAAAAAAUUUUGUUCAUUCAAUAAAGAUUCUGAUAAAUAACACUUUUCCUUAA